AAACACUAAACAGCAAUAUAUUUUGAUUAACUUUUGAUAUAUUAAUAUUUUUUUACAAGAAAUCAUUUAAAAAAGUGUUCUAAUAAUCUUAUUAUAGUUUUUUAUAUUUGUGUAGUGGUUUUAAAAACUCCGAUUAUAUUUUCAAGAUGUCAGACGACGAAGAAAUUACUUACGUAAGAAAACAAAAAACAAUACAUUAUGGUUCAUUAGAAGACCAAGAACGUAUCCGUUUAUCUUCUUUAACUGCCACUGACAGUGAUGGCGAACCAAAAGCUAUUGGAGGAAAUAUCAACGUGUCCAAUGGUAAUAAUAUUAUCCUAAGUCCUGUGGCUGUCCAAACACCGCAGCGGUGUCGUGUCGGACAUGACUACCGACGAAUGGACAGCCCGCAGGCAGGAGGCGGACAAAACCAUUGUAGUGGUCGCCAAGCACAAGACAGGAGACAAAGAGCCCGCUCCGAUCGUACUUCCGCCGAACAUCAACCGUUUGAUGGAAAGGUAAACAAGAAAAAAUAAAAUACAGAAGUAUUAAAAGUUAAUAUGGAUCCUAUAACUACAGUAUAUUCAGUUAAUGAAGAAAAAGAGUUAGUUGCUUACCUCAAAUUAAUGAAAAGAAGACAUUUUGUUCUAAGUUCAGGGGAUUUUAGAAAACUGGCCAUCUUGCAAUGAAAAAUAAUAAAAAUCAUAAUUUUACUAAUGGUAAAAAAGAAGCUGGUUAUGAAUGGCUCAAAGGAUUUUUUUAGAGGUAUUCAGACUUAUCAUUUCGAGUACCAGAAAAAACAUCAGCAGCCAGAGCUAUGGGUUUAGUGAUUACAACAUUUUUUCGUAAGCUGGGUGAAGUGCUUGAUAAAUACAAAUUUCAAUCAGAUUGAAUUUUCAACUGUGAUGCACCUGGAAUUAGUUAUGUGCCGAAACCCAAAUCCAAAAUCUUAGAUUCAAAUAGUCGUAAACAAGUUAGAUUUCUAACAUCAGCAGAACGAGGACAAACAGUAACCGUCGAACUCUACGUAAGUGCUUCAGGCAUCUAUAUGCCCCCAGUGAUGAUAUUUUCCUGAGUACGUACAAAUUUGGAAUAUCUGCAAUUUUCCACCAGGGUUUACUGCUGAAUUCAAUCCAUCAGGUUGGAUGCAAACUGAUAUAUUUUAUAGAUGGCUACAAAAAUUUAUUCAGUUUACUCAUGCUUCUAAGAAUAAUCUAGUUCUAUUAUUACUAGAUGGUCAUGCAUCACAUACUAAAAAUAUAAAUUUGAUAGAUUUCGCUAGAGAAAAUGGUGUAGUGAUGUUAUGUUUUGCUCCUCAUUGUGCACACCGCCUAAGCCUUUGGAUGUUGGAGUGAUGAAACCAAUAUCUACUUAUUACGAUACAAGUCACCAAUUGGUUGAGAUCGAAUAUUCCAAAAGUAGUAACCUUAAAAGACAUAGGAGAAAUAUUUGGAAAGACAUUUAUGUAAGCAGCAACAAUGUCAACAGCAAUUAAUUCCUUAAUUUCUUCUACCACAAUUGUAUUUCUCUGUGGUACACUUCUUAUGGUUAACAUUGACGUAAUUCCAUUUUCAUUCAAUCUCCAGUUCAGUGGCAUUAUUUCACCAUAUCUUCAAAAUCAAAAGUCCCUGAUGGCGAGUAAAUCUAUUAAAGCUAUGCUCUUUCUAAAAAUAAUGUAAGUUAACGAUUUUACCAUAACUUUAAUUUCUGAAGUUUUUGGUUGUAAUAAAAAUGGUUUUUGUAAACACCUGAAAACUAAAGAUACAAUUCCAAAUGCAUUUUUUACUACCCUUCUUACUCUACUAAGCCGGGGUGGGUUUAAGGGGGGGCUAAGGGGGAAAUAGCCCCCUCCCUUGGGACUAAGCUAACUAUUUUACAAAGUCAAGUAUUAUGAUAUAUUGAUAAAAAAUAUAAAAAUAUCGUUAAUCGUCAUUGAUAAAUGUGAUUAUUUAAUAUUUAUGCUUCAGGCUAUUUUUAGAUUGUUUUUUAAUAUGCUCUAACUUAGAGAAUUCAAGAGUUCAAGGUCAAAAGCAAACCAUGGUUUAGUUUUUCUUUUUCAAAGUCUUGCAGCAAACUUCACACAGCAAAUGUGACACAGCAGUCUUCGCUUCAAAUUGUCCUGUUAAAGUAACAUGUAUAAAUAUCAAUUAGAAUCUUAUAUUAUGUAACAUUCAGUAGUAAUUUUUGGUUUUAACUUUUAUAAUUUGUGUAUUAUAUUAUUUUAUGUUGCAUAUAUUAUUUAACCAUUGUCUAUUUUGGGAAGUGCAAGUCUAUGUUGCAGAAGUUAUGAUAAAUUAGAUAACUAUAUGUUUAAUAUAACCAAUACAAUUAUAACUUAUAAGCAACUUAACUCAUUAAACACUAUAAUUUUGGCCUAUGAUAAAUCUUUGAUGUUUUCAUUGUAAAUGUAAUUUUUGGAAACAACUCAAAUUAUAUUUUAUUUAAUAUACAAAAUACUAUUAAAAUUGAACUAAUGUCCCCAUAAAAAAAAAUCAAGUGGUGUAAUAUCUGGAGAUCUUGCUGGCCAUUCAAUGGGACCAUAAGUGCCAAGCCAUUUUCCCUCAUAUACCCGAUUCAAGUAAUCUCGAACAAUAUGCGCAUUAUGAGCAGGAGCUCCGUCCUGC